AUGGAGGGGAUGAUGGUUGGUGAGGAAGAGAGGAAAUGUGGAGUGGGUGAUGAUGAUUAUACACUGUUAACUACGGAUUACUUACUUACUCAUGUCUCACUAAUCAAUAACUACACAGUAACAUCAUCAGAUCUACUAUGGAAUUCCCCAUCAGUACCCAACCGCGCGACACAUAAUACUCCCACCCACAAGACUACUACACUCACUCACACUCGGUCGGUCAAUCGGCCGACCGGCCGACCGAGCGGCGCCUCCGAAAACCAGAUCAGGUCAUACAUACACUGA